AUGGCUUUUCUCCGACGGCUUUUUGGCUUUUCGGAAAAGAAGAAGCUGCCGAGGAGGUACGAGCACGUCAGGCGGGAUGUCGACCCCGAGGAGGCCUGGCUGGUGCUGGGCGAGCUGGGUGAUGGUGCCUUCGGCAAGGUCUUUAAGGCGCAGAACAAGGCGACAGGGGCGUUGGCGGCUGCCAAGGUGAUCGAAACCCCGAGCGAGGAGGAGCUGGAGGACUAUGUGGUGGAGAUCGAGAUCUUGGCUUGCUGCGACCACCCCAAUAUCACCAAGCUGCUGGAUGCGCUCUACUGGAACGGGCGGCUCUGGAUCCUGGUGGAGUUUUGUCCCGGAGGGGCCGUGGAUGCAGCGAUUUUAGAGCUGGAGAAAGGGUUGACGGAGGAGCAGAUCCGAGCGGCUUGCAAGCAGCUGCUGCUGGCGCUGCAGUACCUGCACGGCUGCAAGAUCAUCCACAGGGACGUGAAGGCUGGCAAUGUCCUGCUCACCCUCGACGGGGACGUCAAGCUGGCCGAUUUUGGCGUCUCGGCCAAAAACUCCAGCACCGUCCAGCGCCGGGUGUCCUUCAUCGGCACCCCGUACUGGAUGGCCCCAGAGGUGGUGCAGUGUGAGACAUCCAAGGAGAGCCCGUAUGGCUACAAGGCUGACAUCUGGUCACUGGGCAUCACGCUGAUCGAGAUGAUGGCCGAGAUGGAGCCCCCCUACCACGAGCUGAACCCCCUCCGGGUGCUGCUGAAGAUCGCCAAGUCCCAGCCGCCCACUUUGCGUCAUCCCAAGAGGUGGUCUGAAGACUUCAAAGACUUCCUGAGGAAAUCCUUGGAGAAGAGCCCUGAGGCGCGGUGGUCGGCCAGCCAGCUCCUGCAGCACCCCUUCGUGGCGGGCACCUCUGACAAGCGGCCGCUCCGUUGGCUGGUGGCCGAAGCCCGGGCUGAUGUGCUGGAGGAAGAGGAUGAGGAGGAAGGUCCGGUCCCCUUGCCUGGACAGGAGCAUGGAGAGUCCCCCUGCUCCCCGACACCAGGGGGUUCCCUGGAGCAUCAGCCCCAGGACACAGUGGGGAGAGUCGGCGAGGAGCCGGGCAUCCCAUCCGACGUCUGGGCGGUGGCAGAGCCCAGGACCAAGAGAGCGUCCGACUUCUUGAAGCAAAUGAGGAGGAGGUCCUCGCCCGAGCCCGUGGGCUCCGUGAGGCUCCCUGCAAAGAGGCCGUCUGAGUUUCUGAAGCUGAUGCGGCGCAGGUCAUUUUUUGGAGGGAUGAAGUCCCGAGAAACAGCUAAGGAGCAGCACGGGGCAGAGCCGAGCGGGCUGGAGAUUAUGGCGCUGGAUGUUCCUCAAGGGACAUCAGCCCCGGCAGAGGCAGGAGAAGUUCAAGGGUGUCGAGAGGAGGAGACCAGCCCCCUGGGGACCCCCUGCAACGUGGCCGAGCUCCCCUCGGGGCCACAGCGGGCAGGAGACCUUGCUGAACUGCAAGAGCUGAAGGCAGAGCAGGUUGGACCCAAGGCAGAGCCCCAGGAGGAAAGCCAAUGUGCCGACGCAUCACUGGUGGCUGAAAUGCCCGUGGAGGGAUGGCUUGCAGCACACCUGAGCCCCGUUUUGACCCCCAAAAGUGAUACAAAAAAGGAGUCAAGCAGAGACCCUACUUGUAACUCGCUGACCCUGCCUGCACCCACGGACGGGGACUGGCUCAGAGGUUUGGCCGUGGGGCAGCUGGUGGCAGCCCUGGACCUGUGGACCACGGGGGCCAAAACCCAGAGCUUCAAGUCGCUGGCAGAGCAUCAGCACCGGGUUACUCGGUCGUUGCUAGACCUGAAGGUUGAGGCUGGCUCCACUGGGGAUGAAGAUGGCCUUGGGAAGGAUGGCGAUGGAGCAGGGAGGGCACCCAUGGGAUCUGAGGGUGCUGGAGAGCCUGGGGAGACUGAGCUGGUGGAGGAGAGGGUGUCACGGGGUGAAGAAUCACUGAUGCCCACUGUGACAGAGGAGGUAGUGGUGGGGUCAGAUGUUCUCGAGGGGUGGCAGGAGCCUCUGGCUGGUCUGGGAGAGGCCGGAGAGAGGAACAAUGCGGAGAGAAACUCAGCCGUGUGUGAGCCCACCGCUGACCCCCUGGACCUGGUUGAGCGGGAGGUGGGGAAGAAUGAGGAGGAAGCCACAGACAACACUGAAACUGGGGUGGAAACUUUUCCCGAGGAAGCCCUGAUGCCAGCAGAAGUGAAAUUGGAAGAGGAUGUUGUAAAUGGGUGUUUGACUGGAGACCGUAAACCAGCGGGAGAUGCAGCUAGCCCGGGGAAAGUGAUGCUGGCAGAAGAGGAACCGGAGGCAGCCUCUGCAGCAUGUGCAGGAGAGGGAUCUGCAAGUGAGGAGGCUCAAAAUCCAGCAGAGGAUUCAUCCCUCGUGGAGAUCCCGGGGCCUGCUGAAGAAGAAACAGAAGAGAAAGCAGAAAACAGCCCCAGAGACAACCAGCCAGGAGCUGCUCACGGGAAUGGCUGGAAAGGACAAGAUGGAAAUGAUGGAGAGCUUGGAGAAGAUGGGGAACCUGCCUCGCUCCAAAGGACGGUCAAGAAAACCCGGAGGUUUGUGGUGGAUGGGGAGGAGGUGAGCGUGACGACCGCCAGGACCGUCGGCAAGGCCGGGGCAAGGGAUGUGAUGGUGCGCUCGGCUCGGCGCCAGGAGCUCCGUGAGCUGCGAGUGCUGCAGAAGGAAGAGCAGCGAGCUCAGAACCAGCUGGAGCAGAAGUUUCACCAGCAGCGGGAGCAGAUGUUUCGUCACAUCGAGCAGGAGAUGACGAGCAAGAAGGAGUUUUAUGACCGGGAGGUGGAGAGCUCAGAGCGGCGCUACCGGCAGCUGAAGGAGCGGCAGGAGCUUGAGUACACGACGAGGCUGCGAGAUGAGGCCAAGCGCCUCAAGUCUCUCCAGGAGAAGGACUGUGGGAGGAGGAUGCAAGAGCUGAAGGGCAAUGGGAGAGAGGAGCAGCGGUUCCUGCAGCAGCAGCAGGAGGAACUCAACACAGCCCUGCAGAGGGUCGUCCAGGAGCACAAGAAGAAGAUGACGUCCAUCGACUGGGAGUGCAUCAGCAAGAUCCAUAGCCUCAGGAGAGCCCGCGAGUCAGUGGUGUGGAGCAUGGAGCAAGGGCACCUGCAGGAGAAGUACCAGCUCUUCAGGCAGCAGGUGAAGGAGCAGCACGCGUUGCAGAGGCAGCAGCUCCGCAAGCGCCAUGAGAAGGAGACAGAGAGGAUGAACCGCUUCCACCAGCUCUUGGUGGAGGAUCUGAGGAGCCAGCAGGCACAAGAGCGGGCUCAGCUGCUGAAAAGCCAGCGCUGCGAUGCCAAAAUCCGCCUGGCCGUCUUCAAGGACAACCUGAAGAUCCAGGAGGCUAAUGGGGCCAAGCAGAGGGAGAGGGCCAAGCAGUUCAUGCAGCAAGAGGAGAGGCGGCAGCGAGCAGAGGCGCAGCAGCAGCAGGAGCAGCAGAGCGAGAAGAUGCACCUCUUGGCAGAGCAGGAGAGGAGGCAGCUGGGGCGGCUGGACCAGGAGCACGCCAUGGAGCUCAGCGAGUGGAAGCAACGGCUGGCCGCCCGCAAGGAGAUGCUGGAGGAGGAACUGGGGAGCUUGCCGCCGGUGCAGCGGCGAGGAGGGCUGCACGGUGCCCACGGCAGCAACAGGAUCACCCGCUUCUUCCACCUCCCCUCCUGA